UUCGUUAACGGCCUAGUCACUCCUAGUCACUCAUCUCAGGGAAAAAAAUAUUUGUGUCAAUGACGAUAGCUCGCUCUCACUAAGCAGUGGCGAUGGCGCUGAGCGGCGGGCUUCAGCUCCUCAAGCUCUCUCCCCACGCCUGCCUUGCACCUUCGUCUCUUCCCAAGUGCCGUCCAAGCUGCUUCUCAUGGCUGCAAGGGCAUCCAUGGAGGACUUCUCGCUGGCGGCUUCUCUGCUCUCAAUCCGGUCCACAGAUCCAGUCGAAUUCAGAAGAUGGAGAUUGCUCGCAGUCUAUCGUGGGUGAUCUACUGGAUUACCUCAAUGAGUCCUGGACCCAAUUCCAUGCCACUGCUGAGGCAAAAAGGCAGCUUCUUGAGGCUGGUUUUCACUUAUUGAAUGAGAAUGACGAGUGGGAUCUUCAGCCUGGUGGUCGUUACUUCUUUACAAGGAACAUGUCCUGCUUGGUUGCUUUUGCAAUAGGAGAGAAGUAUGGUAUAGGUAGUGGGUUCAACAUUAUUGCUGCACACACAGAUAGCCCAUGCUUAAAAUUGAAACCUAGGUCUGCUUCGUCAAAGUCAGGGGUUCUCAUGGCAAAUGUACAAACAUAUGGAGGAGGCUUAUGGUAUACGUGGUUUGAUAGAGAUUUAAGUGUUGCUGGGAGGGUCAUUGUGAAAGCUGCUGAUGGUUGCUUUGUGCACAAGUUAGUCAAAGUAAAGAGACCCAUUCUCCGAAUACCAACUCUGGCGAUCCAUCUUGACCGGUUAGUGAACACAGAAGGCUUUAAGCCAAACCUUGAGACUCACCUCAUUCCUCUCCUCGCAACAAAGCUUGAAGAGACAUCCCUUAAAUCAGAUGAGAAAACAACUCCAUUGAGCUUUUCAAGAAGUGCCCAUCAUCCACUUCUUCUUCAGCUUUUGUCUGAAGAGCUUGGCUGUAACAGUGAAGACAUCAUGGGAAUAGAAUUAAAUGUUUGUGACACACAGCCUAGCUGCCUUGGAGGUGGAAAAAAUGAAUUCAUCUUCUCUGGUAGACUCGACAACCUUGCUUCGUGUUAUGGUGCCCUCAGAGCUCUUAUCGAUGCAUGCAAGUCCCCUGCUGCUUUAGCAAAUGAACAAGCUAUCAGAAUGGUUGCUUUGUUUGAUAAUGAAGAGGUAGGAUCAAAUUCUGUUCAGGGAGCCGGCGCCCCUACCAUUUUCCAAGCCAUGAGGCGAAUUGCGGACCAUUUGGCUCAUGAGUACAUUGGUGAGAGCGCUUUUGAACGUGCAGUUCGUUCGUCUUUUCUUGUUUCUGCAGACAUGGCCCAUGGUGUACACCCAAAUUUCUCAGAUAAACACGAGGAGCACCACAAGCCACAACUUCAAAAAGGGCUCGUCAUUAAACACAAUGCUAAUCAGCGUUAUGCCACCAGUGCCAUAACAGCAUUUCUUUUCAAAGAGGUGGCAAAUGCGCACAACCUUCCAGUGCAGGAAUUUGUAGUGAGAAAUGAUAUGGCAUGCGGAUCUACUAUCGGUCCUAUAAUUGCAACGGGAGUUGGUAUUCGAACGGUAGAUUGUGGUAUUCCGCAACUCUCAAUGCACAGUAUAAGAGAGAUAUGCGGAAAAGAAGAUAUUGUUACGGCUUAUAAGCUUUUCACGGCUUUCUUCCAAACUUUCACUAGCGUUGACAAGAAGUUAAAGGUGGAUUAUUAGGCCUCAUUCCGGUGAUUAUUUUUCUUUCUUUUACUUUUUCCUAAAUUCUCUACAUUCAUGCUAAAACAGUUAUGUAACCACCCUUCUAAUUUUCAAUUAUAGUGCCUUAAAUAUUUGGCAAUUCUUACUUA